AUGGCGGGGGGUCGGAGAGGACUUGUGGCCCCUCAAAAUACUUUUUUGGAGAAUAUCGUCAGACGAUCGAACGAUACCAACUUUGUUCUUGGAAAUGCUCAGAUAGUGGACUGGCCCAUUGUCUACAGCAAUGAUGGCUUUUGCAAGUUGUCCGGGUACCACAGGGCUGAAGUCAUGCAGAAAAGCAGCACGUGCAGUUUCAUGUACGGCGAGCUCACAGACAAGGACACAAGUGAGAAAGUGCGACUAACGUUUGAGAACUAUGAGAUGAAUUCAUUUGAAAUACUAAUGUACAAGAAAAACAGGACCCCGGUUUGGUUCUUUGUGAAAAUUGCACCGAUUCGCAAUGAGCAGGAAAAAGUGGUCCUUUUUCUUUGUACAUUCAGUGACAUCACAGCAUUUAAACAGCCCAUUGAGGACGAUUCCUCCAAAGGCUGGGGAAAGUUUGCCCGCCUGACUCGUGCCCUGACAAGCAGUCGAGGGGUACUACAACAGCUGCAGCCUACGGUCCACAAAGGAGAAAAUGUCCACAAGCACUCGCGCUUGGCUGAGGUGCUGCAGCUUGGCUCAGACAUUCUACCUCAGUAUAAACAGGAGACCCCCAAGACACCCCCCCACAUCAUCCUCCACUACUGCCUCUUCAAGACCACCUGGGACUGGGUCAUCCUCAUCCUCACGUUCUACACGGCCAUCAUGGUGCCCUACAAUGUCUCCUUCAAGACCAAGCAGAACAACGUGACGUGGUUGGUGGUGGACAGUAUCGUUGAUGUCAUUUUCCUAGUGGACAUCGUUUUAAACUUCCACACAACUUUUGUGGGACCCGCGGGUGAGGUAAUCUCGGACCCAAAGCUGAUUCGAAUGAACUAUCUAAAGACCUGGUUUGUCAUUGACCUGCUGUCUUGCCUGCCCUACGAUGUCAUCAAUGCCUUUGAGAACGUAGAUGAGGGGAUUAGCAGUCUGUUCAGCUCGUUGAAGGUGGUCCGCCUGCUCCGUUUGGGUCGAGUUGCCCGCAAACUGGAUCAUUAUAUCGAGUAUGGGGCAGCCGUCCUAGUCCUGCUAGUGUGUGUUUUUGGACUGGCUGCUCAUUGGCUUGCCUGCAUUUGGUACAGCAUUGGCGAUUACGAGGUGAUUGACGAAGAGACCAAUAUCCCACGCAUGGACAGCUGGCUAUACAUACUGGCUGAGACGGUAGGAACGCCAUACCGCUUCAAUGCCAGUGGUUCGGGAAAGUGGGAGGGUGGCCCGAACAAAGACUCUGUUUACAUCACUUCCCUAUACUUCACCAUGACAAGCCUGACCAGCAUUGGCUUUGGGAACAUCGCCCCAACUACAGACGGAGAGAAGAUCUUUGCCGUGGCCAUGAUGAUGAUUGGAUCUCUUCUUUACGCCACCAUCUUUGGUAAUGUGACGACCAUCUUCCAGCAGAUGUAUGCCAAUACCAAUCGUUACCACGAGAUGCUGAACAGCGUCCGAGACUUUCUUAAGCUCUACCAGGUGCCCAAGGGCUUGAGUGAAAGGGUUAUGGACUACAUUGCAUCCACAUGGUCCAUGUCUCGGGGUAUAGAUACUGAAAAGGUGUUACAGAUAUGCCCUAAGGAUAUGAGAGCAGAUAUUUGUGUUCAUCUCAACCGGAAGGUUUUCAAAGAGCACCCUGCCUUCCGUCUAGCCAGCGAUGGGUGCCUCAGAGCCCUGGCCAUGGAGUUUCAAACGAUCCACUGUGCCCCCGGCGACCUAAUCUACCACGCUGGCGAGAGUGUGGACAGCCUUUGUUUUGUGGUGUCGGGAUCAUUGGAGGUUAUUCAGGAUGAUGAGGUGGUGGCCAUUUUGGGUAAGGGAGAUGUUUUUGGGGAUGUUUUUUGGAAGGAGGUGACUCUUGCGCAAGCCUGUGCCAAUGUUCGAGCAUUAACCUACUGUGACCUCCAUGUCAUCAAACGGGACGCUCUGCAAAAGGUGCUGGAGUUCUACACGGCAUUCUCCAACCACUUCUCGAGAAAUCUGCUGCUAACUUACAACCUUCGGAAGAGGAUUGUCUUUCGGAAGAUCAGUGAUGUGAAGAGAGAGGAAGAAGAGCGCCUCAGACAUAAAAAUGAAGCACCCCUGAAUCUUCCACCAGAUCACCCAGUGCGAAGACUCUUUCAACGCUUUAGACAGCAGAAAGAAGCUCGCCUGGGAACUGACAAACCUGACCCAGAUGAAAAUGACAUUGAGAAAGGUUUUGUUUAUGCUGAACCCCCUUCCACCAAAACAGCCAUUGCCACCACCAGCAUCGUCACUGUAACAGAAAGCCCAGCAACACCCUCAUCUUCAACACCUCCCAGUUCGACUCCUUCAGACAAAGCUAAGCUCCAGGCGCCGUCUCCCAUUGCCUUCAUAGGAUGUCGGCAAACUGAGUCUUCCAAAGUCAAAGGCUGGGGCCGCUUCAAAGACUCCAUGACCAAAGCUGAUAACUGGAACAAAGUGUCUAAGGCAGAAUCCAUGGAGACCUUGCCUGAACGGACCAAAGUCCACGAAUCGCAGAUGUCUCUGAAGAAGACAGACUCCUGUGAUAGUGGUAUCACCAAAAGCGACCUGCUACUGGACAAAGUAGGUGAUUUCCGCACAACCCCCCAGGACCGCAGUCCCAUCCAACCAGAGGCCAGGCAUGCCUUCUACCCAAUCCCGGAGCAAACACUUCAGGCUUCGCUUCAGGAGCUAAAGCUGGAACUGAAGGAUGACCUCAAAAACCUGAAUGCUCGAAUGUCUGACCUGGAGACACAACUGACAGAAGCACUUAAGCUCCUUAAAGCUAGGAAAGCCACUGAUGGCUCUCCCAAGCAUCUCUUUGACAUCUCUAGACCCACCUCACCAGAGUUGGACAAGGAUGAUAUCUUCUCUUAA